CUUGGAGAUGUGUUUCGUAUGCUUUUACUUCCACAUCAUCUUCCGUAUCCCCUGGAAAGAGGGUUUCAUUCUUGUUAUACUUGACCAUUAGUUCCAAAGAGCAACUGAUUUUCAGCUCGCAAUAUUUCUACAAAUUAAGAUUUUUAUAUUUUGAAUAUGAGCCCAUUGUUAGCAUUCUGUGUGGUUGCUUCACUUAUAGUAUUUCAUACAGUUCCAGUUAUUUCAUAUCAUCCUGACUUUACAUGGAAAAAUGCGGACACCAUGAUGAAUCCGGAUUUAAAGGGUCGUAUAAGGCGAGCAGACACAAAGGCGCGACGAAAGUACUGUGGAAACUGCUCAGAAGACAAUGACGGUUUCAGAAUUUGUGGAAAUAAUGGCAUCAUGUAUCCUAACACAUGUCUUUUCGAUUGCAGCAAAUUGCUAAUGCCGGGAUUGGAGGAGGCUGAAGACUAUGGAACUUGUGGAGUUAUAUCGUUUACAGAGUUCAAAUUAGAAAAAUUCAAGCCUCAUUAUUAGAGGAAUCUGUCUGUAUUAUGCAUUUUACAUACAUGCAUCAACACACAAUUUCAUAAGUGACAUUUUAUACAACUUUUAUACUCGUUCUUGCGAUAUGUUAAUGUUGUUACAAUUAAAACUAAUCAUGAUUACUGUAUAUCAAA